GACUCGAUUAGCCAGCGCGCUGUAGCACCCCGCAUCCUUGAUCUUUUGUUUUUCUUGUCGUCCACGCAUGGUAUUCGCUGACGACAUUGACCCCCACUUGCUUGGCGUCGCUGUCCGCACGGAGCUCAACGGGGCGAGUCUACUCGUCAUAGCUACAUUACGUCAUCCGAACGCGCCGACUACACUCGUGCGACUCAACGAUAUUGUACAAACUUCAAAUAGUAAUUUGUUGCUAAUUGAGGUCUAGAAAUGCCUAUGAAAGGAAGAUUUCCGAUCAGGAGGACGCUGCAGUAUCUGCAGAAAGGCGACAUAAUCUUUAAAAACCGAGUGAAGAUCAUGACAGUCAAUUACAACACACGGGGAGAGCUCAGCGACGGAGCAAGGAAAUUUGUGUUCUUCAAUAUUCCUCAGAUUCAGUACAAAAACCCGUGGGUCCAAAUAAUGAUGUUCAAAAACAUGACGCCGUCGCCCUUCUUGAGCUUUUACUUGGAUGACGGUGAACAGGUGCUGGUGGAUGUGGAAGGCAAGGACCACAAAGACAUUUCACGACACAUAAAGACCAUUUUGGGCAAAUCCCAGACGGUGUUGGAGGGAGAAGCACAAGCCAAGAUGCAGGCCUCCAACCCUGCCAACUUUGGCCCAAAAAAGUACUGUCUGAGGGAGUGUAUCUGUGAGGUGGAUGGCCAGGUGCCUUGCCCUGGCACCACGCCGCUGCCUAAAGAGAUGACAGGCAAGUAUCGUGCCCAGAUGAGAGCGGAACAGGAGUGAAUGGCUGAGAAGAAAAGCAGACGUUUCCUUUUUUUGCAAAUACAUGAAGAGCUGCACUCAGCAA